AUUACGUCCGUAGCUAGUUGCCAAGAAGAAAGCGAGCAGCAAGAUGGCAACUGUUACGCGAGGCUGCAGCUCGUCUUCAGGCUGCACUUUGCGCGUGCAGAUGUGCAGCGGAAAGAUUCGGGAUGCGCCGCAUCGCGGUGUGCUAUCAUUGCGACACUUCAGCAGCUUCCCACAGAAUUCCCGCCCGCAUCCACCAUCUAAGAAGCUGCCCAGGCGAAAACCUGAAAGCCUCUGUGAAGACGCUGCAAGGCAAAGUGAUUCCGUAAGCAGGGAGGAAUCUUCGACAUCAUGCAAAUUCGACAAGCUGGCGAUUCUGAAGGACCCUCGGGCGACGGCGGAGGACAUCUUGAAUGCUGCGUGGCAUUUGAUAAAAAGUCCAAAACUGCUGCAGGAGAAAUCGGAAAACGGCUGGAUCUAUACGAUUGCGUUCGAAGCGUUUUCGCGGAACAAGAUUCCGUGGCAAGAGGCAGCAAAACUUCUACCCGCGUUAGAGUCUGCCAGCCCGCACCGCGCCAGCCUGGUUCCGCUGAACGCUUUGCUCAAGCAACUCCCGCUGCCUGCCGCCGCAGUGCUGCUUGAGUGCCGGUUCGACGGUGAGAUGGGGAAGGAUCUGCGCGAGGAGCUGCUUCUUCCUAGCGCUACCGAUUCUUCCACAGGCAGAAACUACACCUCAUCAUCGUCGUUGCCCUCAUCGCGUCCACCAGACGGCGUAUUUAUCUGCAAGGGAGAGGAGCUGAAUCUGGAGAAAUGCUUUGGAAGGAGAAGGGAAAAUGUAACAAAAGCUGUCAGCGGGGGCACAACAUCAACAUCAACCGAGGCAGUUGAAGGUAACACCACGAGCAGUCCUCCGGCCGCCUACGUCGAUUACGACACGACGCCAAUCCAGCUUGUCGCGCCCGACGCUUUUACGCUGUCCACGGUGCUCCAGAAACUCGGCAACGCCGCCCGGGUGGCCAUGCGACAGCGCGAAGAGCGUUGCGUGCAAGAGGGGCGGAGGACAAGAAGCUGUCACUACCAUCAGAAAGCAGAGUCAUUGUACCGCAAGUACGCGAAGCCCUGCAGCGCGGAUAUCCGGUGCGCCAUGCAGGUGGUGCGGUGUUUCCCGUCCCGAGCGUGGCGCGAGUUGUCAAAAUUUGUCGAUCACUCGGUACCAAAAGAGACACAGGACACUCAUUUCCUCGGCUCGGCGCUGGACGUUGUCGCGCGGGCUUGCGAUCAGAACCACCAACAUCAAGAAGAAAGUCGAACGGUGAUGCUAGCGCAUUUCCUGACGAAAAAUUUGGAUCACAACGACAGUGCGCAGCUAGAGCAAAGGCAAGACACAGCAUCGUCUUCAGAGUCGUCUGCCGAUUGUUCAUCUUCCCAUGCGCGCAUUCUGGGCGAAAAAUCCAGUGACGAUCCACUGCUAGCCGCACUGAAGAUCUUCAUCACCGCGAGGCGCCGGGGAUUGGCAAACACGGUGGUACACAAUGCCAUGCUACUGGCGCUGCACAAAUCCGGGCGGUGGAUGGAGGGAUUGGAACUGCUCGCCCACAUGCUGCAAGUUGAGGAGAACGGCGGCAAUGAUUUUGCAACUACAGGUGCGGCGAAUGAUAGUACACCGAACCCAAAGCCUGUUGUUGACAAGAUUUCCUUCGGAACAGUAAUCUCCGCGCUCCCGCCCGGCGAGUGGCUCCUGGCUUUGAAUCUUUUGCGGAAGAUGCAGGACCUGAAAAUGGAGAUCAACACCCAGAUUGCCUACGCCGUGCUGCACAAUCUGGAGCGGUCGUAUAAUCUCGAAAGCAACCAGAACGAAAAUUCGGCAGAACUUCUGGAGCAGCAGCGCUGUCUGUCUUCCGGAACAAACUCGGGCGGUAGAAUCCGCGUGUUCGCAAUUACCCGUGCCGGAGACGGAGACCACCAUGGCGGAGAGGGGCCGUCGAAGCAACAUGUUCGACUGGCAACUGCGAAAAAUGAUUCUGUCGCAACAAAUAAGACUGUGAGUGUCCAUGGACUUCCGCGGUGCCUGCUGCCUGAGACGAUUCUGACCGCGAGCGUUGCUGCUACCGGACCCGAUCGGCAGGAGGCGGGCGCGAGCUGGAAGUUUUUUUGGGCUCCCGAAGAAGGACCGCCCCAGAGUUGCCAAUUAUCCCCGGUGGAUGGAGGCGCGAUCCCGGCCAGUAUGUCCGUGAUCAAGGCAAGUACCGUGCAGAUUGCACGCAAAAUGAUCCUCGGACCCUUCCACCCACAGAAAACGAAAGUGCCCUGGACCGAGGGGCUCUUUCGAGCCGGUUUUGCGUUCCUUUUGGAUGGCGCGACAAAUUUGACGCACCCUGGCUGGCAGGCCGCCGUGCAGCUGUGGCAAACGAGGAGCGCCGACGUGUAUCCGCAGGGGCGAUUUGAUUUGAAAAAGCUACAGGGGAUAGGAACGGGACUGCAGCCUGUGGGUCAUGAAGAUACUUCAGCGAGCAAUCCCCUGAUCUUGGAUUUUCAUCCGGUGAACAUGUGCACCGACCGCAGUUAUUGCGCCCCAGUGGUGAAAGUUUGUUUGUUCUGCGCUUUGGGCCAGGUCGAGAAAAGUUUUGGCGCUGCUGCAUCUCGGAAUGGAUUAUCUUCAGGCGACUUGAAUCAGACGGACGGAGGCACUCGGUCGCGAGUGACUUUGCGCCUCAUCACCGGGAAAGGCGAAGCAAGAUUAUUUCGGGCUGCCGUGGAGUUUCUCGGUUCGGUUCGCUCCGUUUUUCCCAGCAUCCAGACGGUGCACCCACGGGACGCGGGGAAUAUCUUUGUGACAAUGGAGAAGCCGCUGGGAAACCGGGAUGUGACAGGGGAGGGUCGGAGAACAACCCGGGCGGCGGAUAGUGCUUGAUAAUGAAAAUCUAAUGAGGGCUAGAAGUACUCCGAUAUGUUGUUGUGCCGCUCCACGUAUUCUCGGAAAUGAGUUUAAAUGUACGCGUUUCAUCAGGCACUCGCACUUCCUCCCGCGCAAGGGAAAAAUGAACGUCAAUCUUUUGACUGUCUCUCUCCGCCAGUCCGAGUUUCAACACUGCACGUCAU